CGUUGAAACGGAACUGUUUUACCAGCGGAGUGGAGAACUCGAACAAAUUGCAGUUUAUUUUAAUUACAGAGUUGAAAUAGUUUAAUGAUCUACAUGGUUAUCAUUUAGUAACAUAUUUUAGAGCUAAAAGAGAUGAAAAAGGUGAAAAAACGCCACCCGCUGAAUGGGAGCAGAACAACACCUGGCAGACAUGAAGAUCGCAUGUCGUGGAAGAAGCAGAAGCUUGUAGACAUCCAGCAGGCGCUGAACAGUGACCCCGUGGACAUCGAGACCCUGCGGAGUGCAGCUGUCAGUGAGGGAGGCUUGUUGACGGACGAGGUGCGAAGAAAAGUUUGGCCCAAGCUCCUCAGUGUCAACGUGUUUGACCUUCCUGCCAAACCUGCUAAAAAUAUCAGAGAGAACCACAAAGACUACAACCAGGUGCUUCUCGACGUCAGACGCUCCAUGCGCCGAUUCCCGAGAGGGAUGCGGGCUGAUGAGAGGGAGGUGCUGCAGGAGCAGCUGAUUGACAUCAUCCUGGACGUUCUGAGAAGAAACCCUCAGCUGCACUACUACCAAGGCUACCACGAUAUAGUGGUCACCUUCCUGCUGGUGGUAGGAGAGCGGAUGGCCAUCGCGAUGGUCGAGAAGCUGUCCAAUCAUCACCUCAGGGACUUUAUGGACCCUACCAUGGACAGUACCAAACACAUCCUGAAUUACCUGAUGCCCAUUCUGGAGCAGGUCGAUCCCGAGCUACACGACUUCAUGCUGAGAGCUGAGGUCGGCACCAUCUUCGCCCUCAGUUGGCUGAUCACAUGGUACGGUCAUGUCCUCUCGGAGUUCCGGCACGUUCUGCGACUCUACGAUUUCUUCCUGGCCUCCCAUCCGCUCAUGGCCAUUUACUUUGCUGCCGUGAUCGUGUUGUAUCGGGAGCGGGAGGUGAAGAGCAGCGAGUGUGACAUGGCCAGCGUUCAUCACCUGCUCUCUCAGAUUCCUCAGGACCUUCCAUACGAGCAGCUCAUCUCCCGCACCCAGAACCUCUUCACCCGCUACCCCCCCACCCUGCUCACCUGCUCCACCACACUGCAGUCCCACCACAGCAUUGCCAUCAGCUCCUUUCAGGACUUCCAGAUGUCCACUCAACAGCAGCGGCCCGACUCCAUCCUGCGGCAGCAACGUCAGCAUCUCCACCAACGUCAAGAUGCCCGCCUCGCCCUGGCACACCCCAGCAGCGUUCAGCCCAGCGGCGCCCAGCAGCUCAUGAGGAUGGCCGUGUGGGGUAUUUCAGCUACACUUGGGGCGGCUGCGUUGGCUGUCGUGCAGACCGCCAUGGACUGGGCACCUGACUUUCUCCUGCAGCUGUUCUGACCACCUCGAGAGACAGAGUGUGGGUGUGUGUGUGGAGAGGGUGUGUGUGUGUGUGUCUCUCUCUCUCUAUAUAUAUAUGUAUAUAUAUAUGUGCGUGCGUGUGUGUGUGCGUGUGUGAGUCUAUAUGCGUGUGUUUCAUGCACCAACUUCAGAUCGCGUUACUAGUAAACCCAUCUUCUGUUAUCAAGUACCAAGAAAUACGAUAGGUGCCAAAAAAAAAAAACCCCCAACAACCAUGGGUUUAUUUAGCAUUUUGCUCCUUCGCAGUUCUACACUUUGCCAAGCUAAUAUUCGGAGUAUGAAAGGUGGCGGAUGGGUUUUUGUAAUGAUAAGCAUUUCUGAACGCCUUUCCAUCAGCAGAAUGUCAGGGGGAAAAAAGUGCGCCGAUAGCGGAUUCCAAACAGCAGCAGACGUACAGAUUAUUAAAUCGUUUUUUUUCUUCUUUCUCUCCUUCCUCUCUCCACUGCUGAAGGACUUUGCGAUGGAGUCAAAGAAACACCUCAUUGAAGUGAGAGCAGACGAGUGCGAGCAGGUGGGUUUCUUUGGUCUGUGGAGAAUAAAGAGCUCGGCCUGCAGUGAACGCAGCUCGAGGAAAAAUAACAAACACACACACACACACACACACACAGAAAACACACAAACACAUCCAUCUGCUGCAUUUACAACUCGAGCCAGUCAUCAAUCAUUCUCAAGCAAGGACCACUGGGAGGAGGAGGCUUCAAAGUCUGAAACCUCAGAAAAAGCUCCGUAACUUCAUUAUGGGAAUGACUGGUGUCUUCUUCAUGUAAAACUCAAACUCAUUGAAUCCCAGGCAAAGCAAACGGAUGACUCGAGCCGUAGCACCAUCUCUCAAAUCUCGAGCUCCUUCCGCUUUUCUCAGACGAUUACCUGCCUUCACUUCCCCUCCGGGUUUUCUGAGAUUUUAACGAGACGUUUCCAACGCACACUUACUUACAGGAGAAUAUAAAUCCGUCCAAAGAGAUUAAGCGUCUUGCCGUUUUCCCGGCCCCGUGCGCGCACUUUAUUGUCUCUGUCAUAAACACAGAGGCGAAGAGUCUGCCGAGCCGAGCCUGAAUUACAGCGCCGAGCGCAGCCCGAAGCGCCGGAUGCUCUUGUCUAUUAGUGCCAUGGUGAGAGCGCUGUGGAGCAACUGUUUAUCUACAAGACAGCUCUGUGAGAAUCUCGUCGUGUAAACACUGCCAAAAAAGUGGAAAAGUUUCACUCCUGGAUAACACGUUCGUCUUCGUUUUCCCACUUCCUUCAGUUUCGGUUAAUUAUACGCCCAGCUAGAACUGCCCAAAUCGUCAUCUUUUAAUGUGAAUUUAAUUUAGACCUCAUGGCUUUGGGCUUUUUUUCUUUCUUGUUUUUUUAACCAUUUUCUAAAAUCUUUUUAUUUUAUGCCAAAUGCGUGAACAAGAAAUGGAUGAAAUAUGAAUAACAAGAAGUGCCCGUGCACCUGUAGAACCAUGCGGGAAAACAAACCGAACGUUUUGGAUGCGUGAUGAACGGUAAUCAAGCAACGGAAAUGCAAUCAGUUUUAUGAUUAUUGCAGGUGUAGCGGGCACUCCGAGGGAACACUUCAUGAUUUAUAUUUUGUCGAGGAUAUUUCACACAGGUCAUGUUAUUACUGUUUACCAUCUCCUUAAUUAGUGGAGAUUACAGACUGCUCAUCUGUACUAGUACAUGUAGAAAUCCGUUGGAUAUCCCUGCGACUGAAUACUGGGAAACGACAACAAAAGGUUUGAUUGACACCAUAAAUAUAUUUCACCCAAAUGAUCAAAAUGGAGCUGUUUUUAUUUACAUUUUAAUCCUGACUAGGGUUUCUACAAAGAUCAGGUCGGAUAAAGAGCCAGAUUAACAAACCCACACGGCGGUCAGUCUGCCUAAAGAUGUCGAAGACCUUGCUAGCUAAGUCUGAUUUCUUCACACAGUGUACAUCAGACUUUGAUCAAGUUGUUGGAUUGAGUUUAAAGUCCGAUCCGGACUGUCGGGAUGUCCACAGUGCUCUUCCUCUGCAGUCAGAAUGCAGUGUUUUAAAUACACUUGUCUUCCCUUUUCACUUUUUUCACCAGGAUUUAAAAUGCUGUAACUUCAAUUGUGCGUGAGAUACAUGCAAAAGAGACGAGCCUAUCGCUCCAGGAAAGCUUGUAGUUCUCACAACUGUGUAUCGGACUCUCUUGACUUGGUUUUGGAUACACAUGCACCUAUUUCAUGAGUUAUUUUUUAUUUUUAAAAGUACUGUAUUUGAUUUACUGUAUCUGAUUUGUAAUGUUUGGAUUGAUUCGUUGUUGGUUUUAAAUGUUCUGUAUGAAAUUAAAACAUUACAGUCAGAUAGAGAUAUAUAUAUAUAUAUAUACACACACACACCAAAAAAACAAACAACAACAACGUUUUUGUUAUGUUAUAGUUAUGUUUAUGUUUAUUGAUGUUUCCUUGAGGGGAAAUCAUAAAGCACUCGGAUUCAAUCCGAGCUGCUUGUAGUGUUUUAAACUAUAACGGCAUUUUUGAACGCGACUGGUCAAUCGGAGUCUCAGAAAUAAAUACAAGCUCAUGAAUUUCUAAGCAUGCACAUAUUUCUUUAUAUACACUCCUCUCGUGUUAGCUCCAAGUCUGGAGAAAGCUCACUGUUCAAGCCUCACUAGGGGGUUUAUUUUAUUGUGUCAUUUAAAUCUGUUGUAGAAAUAUGCAGAAUAGAGCGUGUUUUACAAUGCCCGGAAAACAUUUUAACAAUGGCCAUUAAUCAUAUUCAAGAGAUGUAUAAUUUUUGCAGUGUGCCUGUUUUUCUUGAUGUAGCCUGUUUAAUUGAGUCUAAGUGCGCAUUUACUGUGUGCUGAACAUCCUAACAAUCUUCCGUUUAUCAAGCGUUUGUGAGCGUGUGGUGACGAGUAGUCCUCUGAGAAGCCAUCGU